UUAUGCCAAGUUUGUGUUUGAUUGAUCGUCAGCUGAAGUCUGUGUUAUUGACGAAAUUACGACUUCUUUUAAAAUCAAUUUUCACAAAAAAACAAAACAAACAUGAAGAGGAAAACACAAUUGUUUGAUCUAUAUUGGGAAGACAUAUUAGUAUCAAAGGUUUUACCAAAUUUAAGCCUUAAAGACUGUUUCAAUUUUCGUUGUGUUUCAAAAACCUGCUUGCAAAUCAUAAAUAUGUACUUUGCUAAACUAAAAUCGUUGAAACUGAUGAACAAGGGAUUUUCGCCGCACACGUUUAAUGUGCUCUCAACUACUUGUACUAGACUGACUGUGUUGAAUUUGAGUCGAUGCGGAUCUAUCACAGACAAUGAUUUAAUGCCAAUGUUAAUGAGGAACCAGAAAUUAGUUCACUUAAACUUGAGUCAGUGCAAGAACUUGUCUGCAAAAUGUCUCCAGCCAGUCAUACUGUACUGUAAUAACUUGCUAACAUUAAAAUUGGCGCGAUGUGCGUGGCUGACGACAGGGGCCAUGGAGGCGCUCGCUCUACACCAGUGCUCCCUGGAGGACGUAGACCUUUCCUACUGCAUUUCAAUCUCAGAGAGCUGCAUUUUGAUAUUUGUGAAGAAGUUCCGACAUUUGAAAACUUUAAACCUAGAGGGGAACAAGCAGGUUUCGGACAAGUGCCUGUAUGCGCUUGCCAAGUACAGCACAUCAUUGAAGCUUCUAAAUCUUAGUGGAUGUACAGAAAUCUCAGAUAAAGGUGUAAAGGCCCUAGCAAAUCACAGUCCGAAACUAGAAGGACUGCUAGUCCGAGGCUGCAUGAAAGUGACAGAAAACAGUCUCAAGCUGAUGCGGAAUAGGGUGCACCUGGACCGCAAGCCAACAGCCCCCGUACCUGUACCCAUCUAUGUACAGGUGUGACUUAUAGCUCCUACUAGUAAUAUAUUAUGUAGUACAUAAAUCUCAAUACAUAGAAUUGGGAUUUUGUAUUUGCCAUAAGCAAUAUGCAUUCUCUAUGACAAAUAUUUAAUGGAGUAGUGUAAUCUUUUAACUAUGGGGACUUUUUCACCUGCAAAUUGGUACUUAUUUACUUAUUUUUUUUACUAAUAUCUUCAUCUAUCCCAAAACACUAUGAGACCUGAUUUGAAAGCCAAAUUACUCUAAAAAGUACUCUUAAAAAGAAUGUGUUCAAAUAUUAAAUUAUUUUUAUAGAAAAUCUUAUAUCUGUUUUGUUUUAAUUUGUAUAGUAGCACAAUCAUUGGAAUAAAUGUGAUGAGUUUGACUUAUUUUAAAAGUAUUUUAACCUGUAAGAUAAAUUCAAAAAAAUAUAUGUGAUUUUUUUAUAAAGGAGAACCUCCUGGAUUUUUCAACUUGCCCCAGGAAUAUCAAAUCAAUGACAUAAUAAUUAUACAGCAUUUUUUAUGUAAUAAAUAUUUGAAGAUGUAAAGAUAUGGAAUGCCAGCAUAAAAUAUAUACUGUGAUGAUUUUCGAUAACUAGUUAAUAGAACAGAAUGUCUGUAAAAGUUAUGAAUGUAAUAUUCAAAUGUACAUAAAACUUCUGUGGUCUUACUAAAAAAACUUAAACAUGUGUCAAGGACUUGUCAGACUUGUCUAAAAAAAUGUGGCUACAAAAUGGACCUUAUUUCAACGUCAUAAUCUGACAUUUUUUAGACCAGUCUUAAACUGAUGUUUAAAAGUUUUUGUGGUAAGACAACUGGAGUUUUUCAUUUUAAAUGUAUAACUUUUAGUCAUUUGAAAAUGUGGUGGUUGUAAAUCUUCUCAGAGGAAGAUGGACAAAAUGAUUCUGUGAUUAUUUAAACUUGUAUUGUGUGCAAUAUAAGCUUUGAGUAUUAAAAUUUUGUACUCAAAGUUUGUGGGUGAUGUUUGAUAGGCUUAUCUAGUAGUUUAUUGUUGUGUAGAAUGUUUGCCCAUGCAAAACAAGUUAUGUGUUAGAAAAUUAUAUAAACAUAAAUUUAAUUUAGGUAAUAAUGCGGAUUAGUCAUGGAACAUCAGUGUUCAUUAUUUAUAUUUAUAAUAACUAAUAUUUGUUAUUACGAUACGUUGUUACGACUGCAAAUACUGCUGCUGCUGCUUCGAUCCAAAAUGAUUUCAUGUAAGUGCAUAUGUGGUGCCGCUGCGGCACGUGCAAUCGGCAGGUCGCAUCCAAAACGUAUUCUGUCAAAUGCUAUAUCUGUGAUUCUUCCAAAUUCAGAUGAUUUUCAUAUAAAGAUAUUUUCAUGUAAGUACAUAGAGCAUGUCGACCAUGCUAAAAUCUACCUAGAAGAAUGGCUUGUACUUUUAUAUUUUAUAGUCGCCAUACAACACGCAGUUUCGUCCCUGAAACUAUUCAUUCAGAAUUUCAAAUUCAAAUGGACCACGUUUUACCAAAAUUAUGAUGAACUCAAAAUGUAAAGAUAUUAUUAUUUUAUAGUUGAUAAGUAAAUGACAAAUUUUAAUGUUAUUAGAUAUUACAAAUUGAAUUCUAGUGGAGUAUUUAUUCUCUAAUUUGAAAAAACUUUGUUGCCAUACUGAAAAUAAUAAAUAAUUGUAUAUAAUAUAUACAAUUUUUCUUGUAUUUAUAAAUAUAUUUGAUUGUUGAAUGUGUAUGUUGAAAACUUAUAUCCUAAUAAACUGGACAACCAAUAAA